AUGCCUCGAGAUUCCUCGACCCGGCCGUCACACCGCCGGCACGAGUCGACCGAGGAGCGCGACCAACGACGCAGGAAUAGAAGAGCCCAGCAGGACGAAGACAGACCUCGCCGCGCCAAGAGACCACCGACGACGACCACGACAGACUCGGAACAGAGCCGCGCCGAACGCAGCUCGCGCUCCCACGGCCUCUCGGCCGAUGCCCUGGCGCAGCUCAACAGCGGCGGCGGCCCUGUUCGCGACGACAGCCCCGACCGCGAGAGGGAGGAGCGGCAGCGGGAGCGCAGGGAACGGCGACGCCGGCGGCGAGAGCGCGAGGAGGCUGGCGAGAGGCGCAAGAGCAGGCCCGACGACGAGAGGCGGAGGUCGAGUCGCCAGCCGCCGGGCGAGCGGACGCGCAGCCGACACGAUGACGACGAGCAGAGGCAGAGGCGCAGCCGCCUUGAGGACGAGCGGAGACGGGCCUUGGUCGAGGAGAGGUGGCGUCUUGAGGACGAACGACGGCAGGCGAGGUAUGAGGACGUGCCGAGGACAAAGAGGACGGUGCGGCGCGAGCGGCGUGACGACUUCUCUGACGUUGAGUAUGAGAAGCCUCGAAAGCAGAAAAAAGGCGCCAAGGACAAGCGGAUCGUCAGCGGCGCUGCUCUGGAAGAGGGCCAAGGGUGGAAGAUUGGUGGCUUCUUCGGCAGGCUCAGGGGCGGCGGCAGCAGUGCUGUGCCUACGAAGGACCUGGACGACUCGGACUACGACCCGCCAGUGAGGCCGGUCCGCAAGAAGAGGAAGCUCUGGAUCUGCAUGGGCAUUUCGGUCGUUCUCAUCAUCAUCAUCGUUGUCGUGGCCGUCGUCGUCUCGAAGAAGAACUCGUCAGACAGCAGCGCGAGCGCAGGUGCCGACCUCAAAGACAAGGACAAGGACAGCAUCCCGAUGCAGUGGCGCGGCACGUACCUCGACCCCUUCAGCUGGGACAACACGGACGAUUUCAACGUCACCUUCACCGACGAGACGGUGGGCGACCUGCCCAUCAUGGGCCUCUUUGACGACUGGGACGACUCGACGCGCUGCAACGACCAGGUGCCGGCGCUCGACAAGGCUUGGGGCUCGUACGACAAGCGGCCGGCGCGGGGUGUCAAUGUGGGCGGCUGGCUCGUGCUCGAACCCUUCAUCACGCCGUCGCUCUUUGCCUACGACAAGCGCCUCGGCAUCAUUGACGAGUGGACGCUGAGCACGCACCUCGGCAAGCGCCAGACGGCCGAGGUGCUCGAGGCGCACUACGCGAGCUUUGUCACCGAGUCGACGUUCAAGGAGAUCCGCGACGCCGGGCUCGACCACGUGCGCAUCCCGUUCGGCUACUGGGCCGUCGAGGUGUGGGACGACAGCGACCCGUACCUCGCGCGGACGUCGUGGCGCUAUCUGCUGCGCGGCAUCGAGUGGGCGCGCAAGUACGGCCUCCGCGUCAAGCUCGACCCGCACGCGCUGCCGGGGUCGCAGAACGGAUGGAACCACUCGGGCCGCUGGGGCCCCAUCGGCUGGCUCAACGGCACGGCCGGGGCCGAGAACCGCAGGCGCUCGGUCGAGAUGCACGACCGGCUGUCCAAGUUCUUCGCGCAGCCGCGGUACAAGAACAUCAUCACCUUUUACGGCCUCGCCAACGAGCCCAAGAUGACGGAGCUGUCGACGGCGGACGUCAUUGCGUGGACGGAGGAGUGCUACGCGCUCGUGCGCAAGAACGGCGUCGACGCCGUCGUCGUCUUCGGCGACGGCUUCAUGGGCCUGCACAACUGGCAGGGACGCAUGACGGGCUACGACGACAUGGCGCUCGACGUGCACCAGUACGUCAUCUUCAACAAGGACCAGAUCGCCUACACGCACCAGGAAAAGGUCGAGUACGCGUGCCAGGGCUGGACGGAGCAGGCGCAGCAGAGCAUGGACCGCGCCACGGGCUACGGGCCGACGCUCUUCGCCGAGUGGUCGCAGGCCGACACGGACUGCGCGACGCACCUCACCAACGUCGGCCAGGGCAACCGCUGGACGGGCACGUACGACCCCGGCGACGACGCCACGGCCGUCGCCGUGCUGGCGCCCGGGUGCCCGACCAAGGACAGGCGGUGCGACUGCGGGCCGGCCAACGCCAAGGUCGACGACAUGAGCGACGGCUACAAGCAGUUUCUCAAAAUGUUCGCCGAGGCCCAGAUGCACUCGUUCGAGAAGGGCUGGGGCUGGUGGUACUGGACCUGGGACACGGAGGACGCGCCGCUGUGGAGCUACAAAAAGGCCCUCGCCGGCGGCCUCAUGCCGGCCAAGCCGUGGGACAGGGCCUUUGACUGCGACGCCGACGUGCCGGCCUUUGACCUGCCCGAGUUCUACCGGUGA